AUGCAACAGUGGAGCCUAAAUCCCGAGCCGAGAUCGCCCACGGAUAUCCGCUGUUUACUUCUCCCCUACUUCGGGACAUUCAUUCGUUCCGUCAUCCACACUGUCAGUGUCAGUCCCGCCUGCUUUAUCCUCAUGUCGACCGAACCACGUUGUGGUCCUGGUCUGGGGGACCUUGAAAAGGAACUGACUUGCUCGAUUUGUACAGACCUUCUCUACCAACCUCUUACCCUCCUCGACUGUCUUCAUACGUUUUGCGGUUCCUGUUUGAAAGAAUGGUUUGCGGUCCAGGCUACCCGUCGACGAUCGUCGGUGAGGUUCACAUGUCCUUCAUGUCGGGCUGUGGUGAGAGAAACCAGACCGAACGCUACGGUCACCACCCUGCUCGAUAUGGUUUUAGCGGCGAAUCCUGAGCGAGGAAAGCCUGAUACGGAGAAGGAGGAGAUUGCACGGAAGUACAAGCAUGGGGAUUCUGUAUUUCCGCCGUCGCCUUCUGAUGAAAAUAGCCCAGGCGGGUCGGACGAGGAGGAUCGCAGGUUACUGGAAGAGGUCCGAGAAUUGAGUCUUCAGGAGACCAGGGCUCGGACGAGAGAUAGAGCCCAUCAAUCGGGACAGACGGCGAGGGCCGGCCGAACUGAAAGCUUGGAUGGUGAUGGGAGGAGAGAGGACGGCCGGGCCCGACGGCGGCGUGAAGAGCGACAGCGGGCGUUACGACCUGACGAUGCGUCGCAACGCACACGGCAGAUAGAGCAUCAGUCGAGUUUGCGGUCGUUGUUAAGUCUGUCGGAUACCGAGACGAUGGAGGAGGAGAUCCUACGACAGAUUUUUGAGGAAGGCCUGUUGGAUGGUAUUGAUCUGGACAAUUUAGGCCCAUCACAGGAGGAAGAACUCAGCGAGCGCAUCGCCGACGCUUACCGAAGGAGACAUCGGCUGCGGUCACGUUCACAGCAGAGACGAGAGAAUAAUGAGACAGCGCAUACUUCGAACCGCCCCCGUGCGCGAUCGCAGUCGGUGCAGAGAUCCCAGCCUGUGCCUCCGCCGCGCGAGUCCUCGAGAAACCCUCCAGUAUCACGCCCGUAUUUGUUGGACCCUCUUGUAUCGCACACUGGGCAGUCAGGUCAUCAUCGACGUCUGUCCGAUCAGGGAAGUAGUCGGAGGAGAACAUCCCCAGUCCCGGUUAAUCCGGCGUCGUCGUCGGAGGUCUCGUUAAGACAAGCGGCACGAUCAUCAAGCGAUAUGAUAGCGGAUCGUCCUCGGAGCUCCCGAGCUCGAGCGGCUGAUUCGACAACAUCACGAUCGCGACGAGCAACUGCGUCUGAACAAGCUGUGCCUAACAUAUGGGUAGAAGGGGCGAACGAACGGGAGCUCCGACGACAGAGGCCUGUCAGGCAGUCGGUCGACAUUCCUACCUCAGUCACUUCACCUUUGCAGAACAUCGAAAAUAGGCAUACUUCAGGACGUUCAGAACAGAUUGUCACCAGCCCGUCAGUGACUAGCUCACUCGCCGCUGAAGUUAGCAGUCCGACCAGGCAAGAGGCUCGGUCUAGACCAUCCUCAUCGCUAUCCACUGCAUCCCAGUCUGUAGUGUCUUAUGUCGAGCCUUCUAUUUCCUGUGAUCGAUGUGGAAAAUUGAACAUUCAGUACGACCUUCAUAAGACCUGUCCCCAGUGCAAAGAGGGCGGGUACCAUCUUUGUUUACGUUGCUAUCGGCUGGGUCGUGGCUGUCUCAACUGGACAGGGUUCGGUCCAUCUGCCAAGGUGAAUUAUGAGCGUAUUUGCGCAGCAUCCCACGGUCGGCCAACGCCGUCUCGUGAGUCCCAUCAUAUUUUGCUGUCCUCCAAGUACGCCAGGCCGUCGGGCAACGCGCGUCGACUAACGAGGGAUGGCAAGGAGAUGACGAGCGAAGACCCAUCCCGAAGAUUGCAGACGGGGAUUUUCUGCGACAUUUGCCAGGCGGCAGCUAAUGAUUGCUUCUGGAAAUGCAGCGAAUGCAACGAAGGAGACUGGGGGUUCUGCAAUCGAUGCGUCAACCAGGGACGAUGCUGCACGCAUGCACUCCUGCCGAUAUGUCGCGUUUCUGAUGGUCGACUCGAUCUGGUGAUACCGUCACCUACUCCCACCGAAGCCCGUAAUGGCUCUUCUACACCCCCUGUUGCACCCAGAGAACGCGAGACAUUCAAAAUUCUGGCAUUUUCGACAAACUGCGACAUCUGCACUCAGCCAAUACCUCCAGUGAUUCAACGAUUUCACUGUCUACAAUGCAAUGACGGCGACUACGACAUCUGCCCCAACUGCUACCUCAAACUCGUGGCGACUAAUAAAAUCCGCAAAGAGAAUGGACAUAAUGGCUGGCGACGGUGCCUGAAGGACCACCGGAUGGUAGUAGUCGGAUUUGAGGACCAUGAGGAUGGCCAGAGACGAGUCAUCGUGCGCGAUCUUGUGGGCGGCCGUGCCUUGAACGACGACCACGUUAAAUCUUCCUCUGCAUCAGCAUCUCCCGUCACUGUCACCGCCCCUUCCCCCGAGGUGUCAUCAGGUGACUGGAGUUGGAAGGACGGCACAGAGCGACGCAAAAAGGCUUCGCGCGUACGGGCCCCGUGGGUGCAUGCCGACCGUGAGCGUCAUGGGUCUCUUCAUAGUGGCUCGGAACCGUCGACGCCCGUCACGGCGACCUCGAAUACAUCAACCCGUCGAUUCCCCCCGGACGGUGGGGUGGGUGUGGUUCUCCAUGCGCUGUGGUCAUGGUACCCGGAGGACGGGGUGAAGGAUGAGCUGAUGUUUCCUCGGGGAGCAGAGAUCACGGAGGCCGAGAAUAUUAACGAUGACUGGUAUUGGGGAUGCUAUGCCGGGUCAACGGGACUGUUCCCUGGGACGCAUGUUUUUGUUGUGGGGGAGAUUGUGUAG